AACCAUGUUUGUAUUUGUCCCCUGUUGUAUGCCAACUGGGGAAGAUUCUUGCUAAGAACAGGUUCCACAAUACACACAUUCCACACAAGUUUAAAUCUACACAUGUUUCUCAAUAUUAGUAAAUGAUUUCCUUUUUAGACAAUAUUGAUCCUCAACUUUAUCUGAAUCAUUUUUUGUGAUUAGUUGUAUUUUUAUGUGCCUUAAAUCAGUAAGCAACAAAAUUAAUAUAAUAGUGAAAUAGUCAUGUCAAGAUUCUUGUAACACCAGGCGAGUUAAUCAAAUAUGAACCAGCAUUUUUACAAAAAUGUACUAUAAUUCUUUGCUCUAAACAAAUAUUUAUCAAGAGAAACACAUUAAUGCAAUAAAAUUCUAGUAAUUGACCUGUUUUCUGGAAUCUGUUUUAUUUUCUUGAAAUACUGGUAUUGUGGGGAGUAUUUUACUUUUUAUGUAUUUAAUUCUCAAAUAAUUGUUUCACCUUUUUAAUGUUUAACUUUAACGUUUGGUCACUACCUAAUGGAACUACUUUCAUGCAGAAGGUAAGAGCUAGGUUUGAUUUGCAUGUGUCUGUUGCUUUGAAGUUGAACGUUAUACUUGGCAUGGUUUGAUUCAAUAUUCAGCAACUUAGCUGUGACAUUGUCUUCGUUUGUAGUAAAUACCAAACAAGAAAUCCUGUAUAUCACUUCAUGCAUCCAUGUUCUAAGGGAUCACAUGGUUGGUUUUUGUUAAAUUAAUUCCUGAAGUAGACUUGUCAGUUUUAAUGAAAUACUUUGCUCUAUGAACCUUGCACCUCAUUUCAGUUGUUCCACUAACAUUUGGUCAAAAUAUGAAUGUUUGUUUGAACACUCUCAAUCAGAAUACCAUGCUACACAUACAUUGCUUGCCACAUGGGCAUGGGAUGUUGACAAAUUGUUAAAUUCAUUGAUGUAGUUAAUGGUAUUGAUAGGAGGGACUGAAUUAUCUUAUUUGAGGGAAUUCAGCUACCAUUGCUCAUGCUUGACAUGUUGUAUUGAAUGAAUUACUGGACUUCUUUGUUUGUUUUUUUCAGUGGUACCGUGCCCUCUGCUUGCUUAAAUGCUGUUCUACAUGGUGGUUGUCGUGGACCAGAUGGAACCUUCUUCAAAGUGGCUGAUAUGAUGGGAGUUUAUGGUCUAAGAAGUCAUUUAUCUGAUGAAGCUCGGAGUAUGCUAGAAUACAAACUGGAUGACUCAAUAGAUGUGUCCAGUACCCUGGAUAGUUUAGAUGAACCCGAUGCUGAAAUAAGUGUCAGCAAAAUGCAGUCAGGUACCAAGAAAAUGCCUGUGUGCUAUCUACCCGAGAAAGCACACCAUCUCAUUCCAGCCCUCAGACGCUUUACACUCCACCAAGUCCCAACAACAUCAGCAGCAUCUUCAGGUAGUGUCUCAUCUCAUCAGUCACCACCAAGGAUGACAGAGUCGGAGAAUCGUGUCCAUCAUCACCAUUAUCACAGUAAGGGCUUGAAAGCUACAUCACAGAUGCACAGCCCAACAAAGUUAAAAUUCACUCUACACGUACAUCCCAAGCACCAAAGACGGAAGCAGCAGAUUGUACCUAGGAUUAUCCUGAAGCCGCUAAAAUCUCCUCCAGGAAAAGAGCCCAAUUAUGCAGCGGAGGUGAUAGAUCUAACACCAUCUCCCAGUGACAACGAACGUGAUUCUCAAGCCAUGCAAGAUGAUGAUAUUGACACUGACACCAGCAAAGAUGACACCUCAGAAAGUAGUAGUCUUGGAAUUACAAAAAAUCACGUCAGUAAUGCCUACACUGUUGAACACUCCCAGAUAGAUCAUCAGCCACCCUCAUCCUCAGACCAACAAGCAGCAACUUGUAAUCCAUCAAGUACAUCUGAUAAUUCUGGGAAUGUGGUUGACAAUCAGUCCAAUUCCAUGCUUACCGCUAUCAGGAGUUGUCAAGGAGGCAAAGAUGAUAGGAGUGAUGUUCCUGCUGCACCUGUUACGAAACCCGAACCACCUGCUGCCAGCCGGGUGUCACUACGAAUCAGCAUGAGACAGACAUUACCACUACAGACACAGACAAGGUCCCAGACUAUGAGCAAAUUAAUGGCCAAUGUACCAGGAUUCAGUGGCAAGCCAAGAAACAGAGAUAAAAAGUUUUCAGUUUUAUCCAAGCUACAUCCUCCUAAGAAGAUGAGUCUUCAUGUGGAUCUUGAAACACCAGAUUCCAUCUUGGCUAACGUCAACCUGAAGGCACUGAUCAACAAGCAUACCUUCAACAGUCUACCUGCUCACUACCAAUACAAACUACUUACUCUUCUGCCAAAAGUUGACAGAAUACACACCAAUGAUAACUUCAUUAAAAUGAAUACUUCAGCAUUGGAUAACGAGUUCUUUGCUAGAGCAUGCAGUAAAUGGAGGGAACGCUUGUCAGCAGGAGAGUUUACACCAGAAUCUCAGCUAAGACUCAGACAGGAAAUUGAGAAAGAUAUGAUCAAGCUGGACCCAUGGAAGGCCAAACAUUUUGAACCAUCCUGGGGUCAGUCUCUUCUCGCCACUGCCCCUGAUAUCCCAGAAUCCUUUGCAAGUAUGGGCGUCAUCCCGCCUGAAGAGAGGAGAGCGCCAGCCAUGCAUACUAGAAGCUCUUCCCAGAGGAAAGUAGCCGCAGUGAACUCCGUCAGUACAGUGUAUCGUAACACCAGGUCAGCGACUUCUGGUGGUCACCAUCAUUACCACAAGUUGGGUUAUGACUCUCCAAGACAUCAUCGGAGUAUGUCAGCCAGAGAGAGUCGACGGAUGCAUCGUAUGGCCCAGAAGGAGCUCAAAUAUCGAGCUUCAAUGGAAGUCAAAAGCACUCCCAAACCAGGCCCUGUACCUAAACAACCAGAUCUUAGAUCAGUCAUUGCGGAUAUCAAUAUCAAGCAGUCAACUAAUAGCAGUUUAGCUUCAUCACAGUCCAAUUUCUCUUGUAGUUCUCUUCUGUCCAGUAUGGCAAUGGAAAGCCAACGAAAUCAAGCUGCAGCAAAUUUAGUGGCUUCUUCUUCAGCCUCGCAGUUGCUACCGAAAUCAUCUGAUGGAAAAAAUGUUGGUUCAAUGAAGAGACACUUAGAAAGUACAGAUGAAGGUACAGACAAGCGUCUAUGUUUAGAUGAUGGUAACGUGGUGAUGCUAGGUACACGUCAAGUGUCCAGAAGUCAGUCUGUGUCUACUCAGUCUUCCACAACAAUUAUCACUGCUGUCUCGUAUGCUAAUGCUUCACGGCAACAAACUUCAACCUCUGCAGUAGUGAAUUCUGACAAUAAACCCAAGGUUCAAUCCAACAUCAAAUCAUCGGUUAAUGUCGGAAAGCAAGGGACAAAAACACUCGCUCAGAUCAAGGCUCAGACUCAAGCCCGGGCACAGGCUCAUGGCUCAACACGUACUUUGGCACAGAUUAAAGCUCAGACAACGGCCAAGUUGUUGGCACGGUCGGCAGCUCAAGCAGAGGCACAAGCUAAGACAGCUAGUCAUAUGCCAACAAUUUUAAGUCGAUCACGAUCUCCACAAUGGAAUACUGUCAAAACAGUGAUUCCUGUUGCUCUGUCAUCAAGCAAUGCUGCAGGAAACAUCACACAAUCAUCAUCUAAUCAAGGAUCCAAACCUAAGCUACCCAAUCAUGUGCUACAAGUAAAUACAUCCACUCAGCAAGUUGUUCAAACCAUUCAACCAUUCAUCAUUAAAACUCAACCAGGAAGUAAUGUUAGUGUCGUCUACGUAACCCAGCCAAAUGUGGUAACCCUAAUGCCAGCGUCAGCUGCUGCCAUUCAGCAUAUGAAUAGCAAAGGUCCAAGUCUUGCAAAAUCAGUGUCCGUGGUUCAAAGCACAUCAAGUUCUAAGGUAGUGGUUGAGUCUGUCCCACAGAUAACAACUUCAGCUGGUGUAUCUCAGAGACCAAACUCAAUCAAAACUCUUCUGAACUUGCAAAAUGUAUCAGGAGAAUCUUCAACCAGUGCCUCACCACAGGAAGAGAAGAGUGAAGGUCUUUCUAAUGGGAUUAGUCUGGAAACACCAGCCAACCAAAGUACGAAUAAGCCUGAAACACCAUCCUCUGAACCUCGAGUUGUGAGCACAAGUGAGGUCGUUGUCUUGGAAAACGAAACUACCUUUGCACAGCAGCAGAUUGCAUCAGCUAGUACUACUGGAACACCUGCUGUAGUCUCAGAUUCAUUCAAGAUUGUAGCAAACAGUAAUGCACAGGUGGAUCCAUUUUCAAAUCGAUCAACAGCAAGUGUUGUGCUUCAGCCAGUUGACAUGGCAGCUAACGGAAGGGAGAGUGCUAAUAGUUUAGAUGCUUCCGGUAAAUGUUCAUGUCGCUUGGGGGCAAUGGUUGUAUGUAAAGGUUGUGGCGCUUUCUGCCAUGAUGACUGUAUUAGUCCAACAAGUCUGUGUAUGGCUUGUGUAGUGAGAUAACUUUAAGCCAUCUUCUGACCAAAUUGAGUGUGUUUGUAGAACUAGAAGGUUCUGUGUAAGACAGUUUUUGUAAGUACAAAAAGUUUAUAAAGCACUGUUAAAAAUCUCUCAUGUUUGGCUGAUUGCAUUGUGUAUGUAUUUUUAUCCAAUGUUGUGGCUACAUGUUUUUGUACAAAACAUGGGAUAACCAACACAGCUCUUUGUGCAUGAGGAGGGAUGUUUAAUUUCUUAGCAUUAAUUCAGAUUGGAAUAAAGUCUUCAGAUUUAAGUUAUCCUUCAAGGGGUACAACAGUUACAUAUUCAUAACCAAAAUGUUGUGUUUAGUGAAGUAAAAGCCUUUUUGGUUGUCCAUUCAUUACAAGCUCUACAAACAAGGUGUCACAUACACGUAGCAUUCCUUUGCCAUUGUUCAUCCUAUCACUUGUGAAAGGAUAUGUGAUGGAACCAAGAACAGCAUGAGCUGAAUACUUAAACCGUCAUCAAACCUUCUUGCAUAACUACACACAUUUUUACAACCGAAGAUAGAGCUAAAGAGCUGUAAGGACAACAAUUUUUAUAGUGGAAUUUUAAGUAUUGUGUUCAAAAUUAUUUUUUGUUGUUCAGUUCACACAUACAUAUAGUCUCCAUUCCUAGGUGCCUAUCACUGCUAAUUCAUCAAAUGAGCCAAGAUUUAUCUGAAAAGAAAAGCUUAUCAAAGUAAUGAAGAAGUGUAGCAGCGAAGGUUCUUUUGCCCCUGUAUGCAUGGGUAUCAAUUAUCAUGUAAAUAUCAAUUGUAUCAAAGUUGUACAUUGACUGGCAGAGGAUGCGACUUGAUAGUAAUGUCAUUUAUUGAUUUUAUAUGAAUACACAAAGAUAGCCAUCACAAGCAAUAAAAUACCAGUAAUGUACUAGUACCUGUAACGUGCUAUUAUGGAAAAAACAAACAGGGCAAAGGUUUCUGAAACAAUCUUAUCCUGAAUGUAUCUUUGAUUUGAAAAAAAUGUUGCUUUCCAGUGGGUGGAACAGAUGUAGGAUACGACUUGCAUUUCUGCAUCUUUCAUUUUUUUUUUUGCUCUGAACAAUGAUGUACGGUAAUGUAGAUUGGAGAGUUAUGGAAAGUAGUCAAAUAGGAUUUAACUCUUUGGGACAUCAUGCCAUACGUAUGUUUGAUUUUGUUGCAAAUGUAUUUUGUUUCUUAUCAUCUGUAAUGGGUAUAUUUAAUUUGUCUUCAUUGUUUUAUUUAUUCAUGACAAACGUGGAAUUCUAUUGAAGCAUCAGUUUUGCUUUGCAUGGCUUACUUUGUAUACUUGUAGUGUAUAGGGCUACAUGCAGCUUUGCUCUGCAUCUCAGUCAGAUUUUCUUGACGGGGGUUUUCUUGAUUGAAAAAAUCUGAUUCUAGAGUAAUUUUAUUUUCAUUCCUCAUACCUGCUAACCCAAAAUGCCAAAUAUUUAAGAACAUUGCAUACAUUUGUAUGUG